AUGGAGCAGAAAUUGGUAUCGAUUCGAGAGAAAAUUGAUCAGUUCCCUAUGAAAGAUGUUUUCAAUAUGGAUGAAACUGGGUUGUUUUAUAGGCUACAAGCUGAUCAUUCACUGGCAACAAAACAACUUGAUGGAAGAAAACAAGAUAAAGAAAGGCUGACGGUAGUUAUUUGUUGGAAUGAAGAUGGCUCUGAAAAAAUCCCUCUAUGGAUUAUUGGGAAAUAUGCAAAGCCUCGUUGCUUCAAGAAUGUCAACAUGAAUAGCUUGGAUUGUCAGUAUCGAGCUAACAAAAAAGCAUGGAUGACUAGUGUGCUUUUUGAUGAAUAUGUUCGUUCAUUUGACCAAAUGAUGCAUGGUAGAAGAGUUCUACUUGUGGUGGAUAAUUGUCCAGCACAUCCAAGAAAUAUUGAAGGGCUAAGAAACGUUGAGUUGUUCUUCUUGCCACCCAACAUGACAUCAAAGAUUCAACACCUCAGCUAUUGGAUGCAAUAA